UCAAAACCUAUAAAAUUUUUGGAAAGUGCCAUUUUAAGUUAAAUCAUUAAUAUUGUUAAGAAAAGCAAUUUAUAAAAAAAAAUAACAUGUUUGUUAAUGAUGUUUUUAACAAAGAGGAAUUAUCAAUGGUUAUAAUAAAUGAAUUAAAACAACUAGGUGUAAAAUAUCGAAAAGAAAAGAAAAGCAAAUUUGUACAAGAAAAGUGUGGUCGAAAGCGUAUAUUUCACGUGCACUUACAUCAAUUGGAGUUAAAUGAUGUCCUUUUAACUAAUGGUAGUGUGGUACAAAUACCAUCGUUUGUCUCAACAGCUUGCCAAAGAAUAAGUGAACAAAUAGAAAUUGAAGGACUUUUUCGUAAAACUGGAUCUCAUCUAAGGCAAAAAGAAAUCAAGGUUAAUUUAGAAAAUGGUUUACCUCUUUCGAAGAGUUAUCAUGUUAUUGAUAUUGCAAAUGUUUUAAAAGCUUUUUUCCGUGAGUUACCAGAUCCUCUUAUACCAGGGCAUUUGCAGGAAAUACUUUUACGGGGUUAUCUAUUAGCAGAAGGAAAAUUAAAAGCUAUGUUACUAGGAUGUUUACUUUUACCACCGUUAACUUUGAAUACUCUAACUUUUUUCAUGCAGUUUUUAAAUAAGGUUUCUACAUUUUCGGAGCAAAAUAAAAUGACAAUAUCAAAUUUGGCCAUUAUAUUUACCCCUGGAUUGAUGCCAUCAAAUGAUAUCAAUUCUAUAAGAUUUAACAACCACGUAAAAAUUAUGCAAUUACUAAUACAAAAUGCAGAUUCAAUUGGUAUAUUGCCGAAUGAUGUUGCUUGUAAACUAACUACUAACAUUACUCCAAUGAAGUCAGUUGCGGAGACGUCUUCUAUUUUGAGUUUUACUGAUAAAAAGAAAAAGAAACGUCGCAGUGGAUCUUUAAAUAAAAUGUUUAAUGGAAUCAAGAAAAUUGUUGGAGCAAUCAGUUCCUCGCCUGAAAAUGCGGAAAAUACUCCUGAAAAUACAGUAGUAAAUACUCCAUGUAUUUCAAAAUCAAAUAAAAAAAGGAAAAUGGUUGAAGCAGUGUCCGGUUUCAGCACUAAAAAAAAGAAAGAAUUCUUGAAUCUUUUUCCAGACGGGAAUAUUUUGCCAAAUACUCCAAUGUGUAUAAAAGAAAUAAAAAAAACUCGUAUUAGCAUGGGUGGAAAAAAAAGUGUGAAACAUGUUUCGUCCGCUGCUAGUCAGUCGUCUUUAUCUUCUAUUGAAAGACGUUGGAGUGUGGUUGGUUCAGCAUGGACACGAAAAAAAACUAAUGUUUUGUCUAAAAAAGAAAAUCUUAAGACCUUAUCUCCUGUAAUAUCGUUGCCCAACAUUCCUAACUUAGAUUUCCCUAAGUUUGAUGACCAAGAUGAAUCAAAUCUGUCAAAAUCAGAUCAGUCGCUUAAUACACAAUCUUUAAGUGAUGAAAACAAAUCAAUCGAUUAUGUUCGUGUUCCAAAAAUUGAAUAUGAGGCCAUUAAAGAAAGGGUUAAAACCAUAGAGAAAAGAAUUUCUCAAGAAUUUGAAUUCGUUCAAAACUCCUUAAAACUAAAUAAAUUAGAUGGAAAUUCGCCACCUUGUGUGAUAUCUUGUCAAAAAGAAAUGACCGGUCCUGAGAAAGUUUUAACUAAAUUCGAGAAAACAAUGGAGGAAACUGAAAAUAUAAUUUCAACUUCAACUGAUCAACUGGCUAAACGAUUAAGUCGUGAUUUAAAAAUACGUCGAAGCUCCGAACAACGUAUUAUUCGUUCCCCCAGUGCAAGAAAAAUAGGUUCAAUGCGACGACGUUCUCGUGAAAAAGUUCGCCUUUCAAGAAAUGCAACAUGGCACAUAAGCUCAACAAAUGACAAUAUUCAAAAUAUACCUUCAAAUGGAAUUUCAUUUUAUCCAAGAGCGACUGCUAAUUUAAAACGUGGUCGUCCGAACACAGUUCAAUCAGGAUUGCAUACUCCCAUUACUAUUGCAAAUAUUCAUACCUCAGAAGAAAUGAAACAAGAAGACGAACCUAAUCAUUUUCCAAUAGAAAUACAAAAUUAUAUGGAGAAUGAAAAAAAAAAUUAUGAUGAAUCAACGGAAUUUACAUCAAACAAUGGAAUUACUCAAGAUAAACUAACAGAGGAGUGGGUUGAUGGGGCAUCUUUUUUUAAUAAUGAUAUUUUGUUACAAACUCCAAUUAAAGGAAAUUCGGAAAUUUCUAUAGUUCAUUCGGAACAUUCACUCAAGAAGAAUUCUCUAUCAUCAAAUUUAACUACACCAAUUACAAAAAUGGAAACACAAGAUAAGACCCCAAUGCUUCCCCCACGAAGUAUUCCAAAAAGAGGUGUGAAAACUCCAGGAUCGAAUUUACGUUCUUCUCAAAAGAAAAACACCGAAAUUAAUUCCAAAAAUACAUUGUUUUCUCCUUUUAUUGAAGAAAAUCCAUCUGGAAGAGCUUCUAUAGCAAGAUUACGUGCUUUAAAUGCUGGUAUGGUAUUAGCCAAAGCAAAGUUAUUUAACGAUAUGGAUCACCAUCAAACUCAAUUAAAUAUGCCACUAUCAAAAUCAAACAACACACCUGUAACGGAAAACCGUAGACAAAGCAAUUAUUUUGCGAUUAAAAAGUUCGAAGAAGCAAAUGAAACAAAAUUGUAUAAAAUUAACGAAAAAAUCAAUGAAAUUGAAAGCUCUACACGCGAAAAUAAAACACCUCGACGUAAAAAUAAUUCAAAAAGCCCUGGUUAUAUACAAAAGCGACCAAAACUGCUAAUGGCUAAAUAUCCUGAUAAAAAAAUUUUAUCAAAUAUAAUGAAGGAAAAUACUGUUCAAAGUUCUUCAAUAAUAGUAAAAGAAAAUACUAAAAAUAACCUGUUAAGGAAUAUUGAAAAAAAUACAAUAAGGUGUAGUCCUAGGAAAAGUACAACACCGCGAACGAAAAAGAAUUUGAACUGUUCACCAAGACACAAUAUAAAAAAAAUGGGAGAUCGUGGUGUCAUGGGAAAUAAUCGAACUCCUGCUCGAGCCACCACUGCUUUAGGUUUAAGGCAAUCGCCAAGAUUACAACAACAUAAUAUUAUUAAAAAUCAUAACGCUUAACAAAUGUAGUUUUAUACACGACUAAUAUACAUA